CUUAUAACGGCGCGCCUUUGCGGACGGCGAAUGUAAAGACGGAUUGACGUCCGUAAGGAGCGCUUCUGGAUAAGCACAUGGUCUCGUUAACGAAAGACAACACUUCGCUAGUCUGUAAAUUCCUUUUUGGAGGAACUCCCUAACUGUUUUCAUCGGAAGGAAAAUAAACGACCACGACCACCUAUUUCAAUGUAGUUAAUGACACGUUUACUGGUCAAAUUGUCGGGCUUCUCUCCAAAGUGCUUGAUGCGCUUUUAACAUCGUUGGAUGUAAAGUCUGUUACAGGGGAGUCGGAGGUUGCUGGAGUGGAGCGGGUGAGGACUGAGAAGGAUUUCCUAUCCGUCUCUCUUUCCUCAUACUUGAUCAUAUUUCACGAAGUCCUUUGGGUGUUACACAUCAGCUGUUCCACUGUAUAUUAUGGUCGUGCUGCCGUGAGACAGUUGGAUAGUCUCGACCCGUUCGUCCGCUGCCGUACACCCGCACAAUGACCUACCGGCGGACCUACGGGAGUCAGACCUACCGGAGUCAGACCUACGGGAGUCAGAAGUUUACCGUGUUUUUGAUAGCUCUUCACGUCUUGUCAAUUACAAUAUGCUUCGGUGAAGAUGUGCGCUCCUCCAACAAGACCACUGAAGGGAGACCACUUGCUACAACCAAUCAGCAGAGGUCUACCGCCAAGCUGAAACACUACGGGACAACUGUACCUCUCCUAUUGGUCGGAGAAGAAUGGAGACCAGUCAGUCUGCUCCAAUCACAGGGCCAUCCUGCGUCUCUGAAGGUGCUGAUAGAAACAGAGGAGGAACAGCUGCUCCUGAUUCUGGAGAAAAACCA